CGGCCCCCGAGCGCGCCGCGAGGACCGUUAACAGCCCCCGAGCACGACCCGCCGUCAGGACCGUUAACGGCCGCCGAGCGCGAGCCGCCGUCAGGACCGUUAACGGCCGCCGAGCGCGAGCCGUCGCCAGGACCGUCAACGGCCACCGAGCGCGCCGCGCCGCGAGGACCGUUAACGGCCGCCGAGCACCAGCCGCCGUCAGGACCGUUAACGGCCGCCGAGCGCGCCGCGCCGCGAGGACCGUUAGCCUUCCCCCCGCGAGCGGCAGCCCGCCCCGCUCCCCACAAGCUGCCCGGCUUGGCGAGCGCAGCCCGAGGAGGGAGGUCUCGGGGGGAACCGCCUGGGAGGAGGACGGGUGCCCCGCUGCCGGCGGGUGCGGCGGAGGCUGGGGGAGCACAGGUAGGGCGCGGGAGGAAGAGCCGCUUUCCGGGCAAGGCAGAAGGCGCCUCGGCGGCCCGCGGCGGCUCUGCGGCGCUGUUCGGCACCGCCGGGUGCCCCGGCGCGCACCUGCUCCUUCCAGCCCCGCUGUGCCCUCGCCGUGCUUGAGGCGCUGCCUCUCCAGCGAGCGGCUGCGGAGAAGCUCGCAGAGGGAUUCCUUGCGCCUUUUACACGUUUUUAUGUCGGUUUAUUUUCUAGUCGCACAAGAAAACCACUCAUCAAAUACGACGUUGUACUUUUUAUCAGGUAACAAUGACAAGCAACACACAAAAAUCCGAUGAAAACAGAAGUAAACGUAAAAAAGAGAUGGAGAGUGAAGCUUCAGAAAAUCCACAGUUGUCCUCCCUUGAAAAAACAGAUCUGCCUUUUUCUGAAGGCUCGCUGUCCCUUUACAAACCUGAACCUCUGGAAAAGGUUUUAAAUGAGAUGAACAAAGAAAUUAAGAACUUGCUAUCAAAAUAUGCCCACAUUUUAAGUGACCGAGCAGCGAUGGAUGCUUCUUACGUGCAGGAGCUUGAUGGAAUCUUGAAAGAAGCGAAAACCAUAGAAAACCACUUAAAACAGAAAAGGGAGAGUCUGAAGCAGAGAUUCGCAGUGAUUGCAAAUACUCUGCAAAGCUAAAUGGAGCUCGUUGGAUUGAAAUGCAGAGCAAAACUGUUGUAGUAUAAACUACAGUAAAUGCUACAGUGUUUCAUAAACAACUUAUGUGAAUAUUUCUAGCAGUUCAGGAAACUUUCAACAACUUAAGUAGCAAUUUUUGAAGUAAGUAAAUAUAUACAAUAAAUAAGGUAGUGCUAGUAACAAACAAUACUAAAUCUCCAUCUUAAAUCCUAUGAUUUCAUGGGAUUUUAUACUUUUUGACCCAUUGUUUAGGCUGUACCUAUGUUUCCAUCCCUAGAAAAUACUGGAAGUAUUUAAAAAAGAAAGUAGAAGCAAUUUUGCGUUGCUUGACUUCAAGGUUUUGGAAGUACAAUGCAACUGAAUUCAGAAGCUGUCAUGGUAUUUCUAAUGUGAAUACUAAGGAUUGUUUUCUUUUACUUUCACAACCAAUCCUCCUCUCUAUAACAAUAUAGAAAUAUUGUAUAGAAAAAUAGAGAUAUAUUCUAUAACAUACAGAAUAUAUGAAACAUAAAAUUUUGCUAACUAUUUAAGUGAAGACUUGUGAUUAUUUUGUAUUAACCAUCUUCUAUUUUUUUCCUACUCUAGAAAAUAUUUUGGUGCUAAAAUCCUAGUAGAAUACACUUGGAAUCUUAUUUCCAUUUUUGUCUCAGAACAUAAAUAGACUGAAGAGAUCAGACCGAAGCGUUUAGAAACAGGAGAGUUCUAUCCAGAAUAUUACUUUGGGAAAUGUAUAAAGAGGUAUAAAGUCUUAAUUUGAAAAUAUAAUUUAAUACUUGUAUAGUUUUUCUAAUAAAAUGAAGCCAAUUUUAAUAUACUCAUAAAAGCACAUAUUCAAAACUUUGCUUGUAAUGUCAAUAAAUGACUAGGUCAACACCAGCUAGAAUACAACACUGCUGUUUUACCUUGUCAUUUUGAUAUAUCAGUAUUGUUUGCCGAAUAUACAGUUUUUUUAAUGAUGCUUAUGGAGUUCUUUGAGCAAAUUUUCUUGUCAUUUGACUGUUAAAAAGAUGAAACAUAAAAUGUAUAAAGCUUUAUUCGUACAAAUUGUCAGGCUAAUGUAAUAAAGUGCUAGAUAGCCCUGCUGCUAGCAUAAGUGACAUUUAUGUCUUUAACCCAGUACUGUGAAUUAAUUUUCUCUUUACGUCUUUUCAGACUUAUUCAAUCCUACCUUCCCCCUUUUAACAGAUAAAAGUCACAACUGAAUGUAACACCCAUCAAACUGAUACUAUUUAAAACAAAUAAUUAGAGAAACUGGACAUCUAGGGUGAGAUUUUCCAAGGUAUUUAGGUACCUAAAGAUGCAGACAUGUACU